AUGCUCUUCACCAAGGCCUUUGGAAAUAACAUUGCGAAGGAGACCCGCCCAAUGUUGUCUUUGAGUGGUGCUUUUAUGGCUAUUGAAUGUGGACUGAGUAUGCUAGUGGGAGGCUCUACGAUUGAAAUGGGUUUCCCUGAUUUCAGUGGGGCUGGAGAGCCCUUCGGCCUCUCCGUAGGAGAAGCGUGCCUACACUUACCAGACUUACGAGAGACAAAGGUGUUUGUUUACUGUAACAGGCAGCAGAGUGGAUUUGGACACUUCCAAGUAAAGGCCCCUCUACAGCAGGUCCCAGAUAGCUGGGCGGCACCCCCAGCAGUGCAGGAGAAUGAGCUCCUGGUUGUGGGGGCUGCGUGGACGCUCGUCCCACGGAACGCAGCACGAGUGCGCUCUCAGGAGUUGUGCAAAGUGGUGACCUUCUCCCUCUCCAACCUCUUCUUAACAUCUCACCUCCCAGAUGCCAUGGAGAGUGACCAACUUUUGCAAGGCAUGCGGCAACUUUUCAAGGCUAACUCUUCUGGGGUCAAGGCAGGAAGGAGUGGGGUCUCUCGAGGAGCUGAAAGUUUUAUAAAAAGCAUUGGAGAAAGAAAGGCCAUUCUGCUGGUCAAACCCCCGUGGUGGAAAAAACGAAGAAUUGUGAAGAAACGAAGACGCUGGGUUUUAAGAAGUACUGCUGUGAAAGUUUUGGUUUGCGUUCAUGAGCGUGGGGCCCCCGUGCACAUGGGCAGACACCCGGCCAACCCUGGCCCUGUCUACCACCUAUUGCGGCAAAUGGCAAUCCAUUCGCCGUCCCUGUUGCCUGAGGGUGUGCACAUCAGCAGCUUGGUCCGCCCUCAGAAGGAAAGACCAGGGGAGAAGUCAGUUCGAACCUGGACCUCUGCGCACUCGUCGCCAGUGACGAGCAGAGGCCUCGAUCAGGGCAAGGUUGGACCUCCUCUCGAUAUCAUGCUGUACCCACUGAACUGCACAGAUUUCAGCAUCCAGUGGAAAAUGCCAAGGCAUCCUGGGAGCCCCAUCAUUGGGUAUACCGUCUUCUACUCCGAGGUCGGCGUCGAUAAAUCCCUGCAGGAGCGGUCCCAUAGUGUGCCACUCAGCCAGGACAUCCCUGCCCUUGGACAAUCCGAUCGUCAGGUGAUUUUUGAGGAAGUGAUUGGAGACUUGAAACCAGGCACUGAAUAUCGAGUGAGUGUAGCAGCUUACAGCCAGACUGGCAAAGGACGGCUUAGCUCUCCUCGGCACGUUACUACUUUGCCCCAAGAUUCCUGCCUGCCUCCAUCAGCACCCCAGCAGCCACAUGUCACUGUGGUCUCUGAUUCUGAGGUAGCCCUCUCUUGGAAACCUGGAAAGAGCGAAGGAAGCUCCCCAAUUCAGUACUAUUCUGUGGAAUUCAUCAGACCAGAUUUUGACAAGAGUUGGACCUUAAUCCAAGAGCGGAUCCAGAUGGACUCCAUGGUUAUCAAGGGCCUUGAUCCAGAUACCAACUAUCAGUUUGCCGUGAGGGCCAUGAAUCCCCAUGGCCCCAGCCCUCGAAGCCGGCCCAGCGACACCAUCAGGACCUUCCGCCCUGAGGAGGCAGGAAGUGGCCGCUAUGGACCCCGCUAUACAACCGACAUGGGAGUCAGUGAAGAUGAUGACGGAUUUGAAGACGACUUAGAUUUGGAUAUAUCCUUCGAGGAGGUUAAACCACUUCCUGCUAUCAAAGGAGGACAUAAGAAAUUUUGGGGGGAAUCCAAGAUGGCACCCAGGUCAAACCCAAAGACCACUUCUAGGCUUGUCCCCCCUACCCUAGCGUCUCUCCCAAUGACUACAGUGGCUCCUCAGCCCACUCCAGCGGAGAGGAAAGGGAAGAAUGGUGUGGCUAUAAUGCCGAGGCUCUUUGACAUGUCUUGUGAUGAAACGCUCUGCUCAGCUGACAGCUUUUGUGUCAAUGACUACACCUGGGGGGGCUCACGGUGCCACUGCAACCUGGGCAGAGGUGGUGAGAGCUGCUCAGAAGAUAUUGUUAUACAGUAUCCUCAGUUCUUUGGCCACUCCUUUGUAACCUUUGAACCUCUGAAGAACUCCUAUCAGGCAUUUCAAAUUACUCUUGAAUUUAGGGCGGAGGCAGAAGAUGGUUUACUGCUCUAUUGCGGGGAGAAUGAACACGGGAGGGGUGACUUCAUGUCUCUGGCCAUCAUCCGACGUUCACUCCAAUUCAGGUUUAAUUGUGGAACUGGGGUUGGCAUCAUUAUAAGUGAAACCAAAAUCAAACUGGGGGGCUGGCACACGGUUACACUCUACAGAGAUGGGCUGAACGGGCUGUUGCAGCUGAACAAUGGCACCCCGGCGACUGGCCAGUCCCAGGGCCAGUACAGUAAAAUUACCUUCCGGACGCCCCUCUAUCUUGGUGGGGCUCCCAGUGCUUACUGGUUGGUUAGAGCAACAGGAACAAACAGAGGCUUUCAAGGCUGUGUGCAGUCGCUCACCGUCAAUGGGAAGCGAAUCGACUUGAGGCCCUGGCCACUGGGGAAAGCACUCAGUGGGGCCGACGUGGGGGAGUGCAGCAGUGGACUCUGUGACGAAGCCUCGUGCAUCAACGGCGGCACCUGUGCAGCAGUCAAAGCCGACGCCUACAUUUGCCUGUGUCCCCUUGGGUUUAAAGGUCGACACUGUGAAGAUGCUUUCACCCUGACCAUCCCUCAAUUCAGAGAGUCCUUGAGAUCCUAUGCUGCAACACCCUGGCCUCUGGAGCCCCAGCAUUACCUUUCCUUCAUGGAGUUUGAGAUCACGUUUCGGCCGGACUCGGGUGAUGGUGUCCUCCUCUACAGCUACGACACGGGCAGCAAAGACUUUGUGUCCAUCAACAUGGCAGGGGGCCACGUGGAGUUCCGCUUUGACUGUGGCUCUGGCACUGGUGUUCUCAGGAGUGAAGACCCCCUCGCCCUGGGCCACUGGCAUGAGCUGCAUGUGUCUCGCACAGCAAAGAAUGGUAUCUUACAAGUGGAUAAGCAGAAGGUAGUGGAGGCAAUGGCAGAGGGAGGCUUCACACAGAUUAAGUGCAACACGGACAUUUUUAUUGGUGGAGUCCCUAAUUACGAUGAUGUGAAGAAGAACUCGGGCAUCCUCAAGCCCUUUAGUGGGAGCAUCCAGAAGAUCAUCCUGAACGACCGAACCAUCCACGUGAAGCACGACUUCACGCGGGGCGUGAACGUGGAGAACGCAGCCCACCCCUGCGUGGGGGCCCCCUGCACGCACGGGGGCAGCUGCCGGCCCAGGAAGGACAGCUAUGAGUGUGACUGCCCCCUGGGCUUCGAGGGGCUCCACUGCCAGAAAGAGUGUGGGAACUACUGCCUCAAUACAAUCACAGAAGCCAUCGAGAUUCCACAGUUUAUCGGCCGCAGUUACCUGAUCUAUGACAAUCCAGACAUCCUCAAGAGGGUAUCAGGAUCAAGAACAAAUGCAUUCAUGAGGUUUAAGACAACUGCCAAAGAUGGCCUGUUGUUGUGGAGGGGAGACAGCCCCAUGAGGCCCAACAGUGACUUCAUUUCCUUGGGCCUUCGAGAUGGAGCCCUGGUGUUCAGCUAUAACCUGGGCAGUGGUGUGGCAUCCAUCAUGGUUAAUGGCUCCUUCAAUGAUGGUCGGUGGCACCGAGUCAAGGCUGUUAGGGAUGGCCAAUCUGGAAAGAUAACUGUGGAUGACUAUGGGGCCAGAACAGGCAAAUCACCUGGCAUGAUGAGGCAGCUCAACAUCAAUGGAGCUCUGUAUGUGGGUGGAAUGAAGGAAAUUGCUCUGCACACUAACAGGCAAUACAUGCGAGGCCUUGUGGGCUGUAUUUCUCAUUUUACUCUGUCCACUGAUUACCACAUUUCCCUCGUGGAAGACGCCGUGGAUGGGAAAAACAUCAACACUUGUGGAGCCAAGUAA